CACGAUGUGACGUCAUUGCUUAUAGCAUAGAAAACCUUACUUGGGACUCCAUGGUGUGAAGAUGUUCAGUGCAACUAAUUCAGUGUAUUUGUGUACGUCGUGGGUGUCUGUUCUUUUUAUGGUUUUUUAUUAAGUUGGCAAGAUGGAUAAACAUUUGGCGUUCAUUCUCCUGAUACUCAUGACCGUGAAUGUUGCUAAAUCCAGGGUGAUACCUGGUGUUUCUGAUCUAAAUAUCUUGCCAGUCUAUAGAGGAUGUUGUUUUGGUUACCAAAACUAUGAUCACCUGGAUGUAGUACUAACAUUGCCAGAUGCCUGCCUAAGACUUGUUUGUAACAAUCGGGAGAUUGUAACUGAAUAUGUUGGAAAGCCAGGGCAGAGGGACUGUUGUGAAUUCAAUGGCCUGCUUUAUGCUGACAAGUCUGAACUACCUCUCCAGUGCUUCACCUUUGAGUGUAGGAAAGGCAAUUGGUACACCAAUGGCACAAUUCAUGACUGCUGCAAGCACUGUGCUCUGUACAACGAUCCUCAUAUAAAAACUUUUGAUGAGUAUAGCUACGAUUGGCACGGUACUUGUAAUUAUUCUGUAGCACAGUCAUCCUUCAGCCAUUCCCCAGAGUUUGGAAUAUUCAGUGACUUUUCAUCGUGUAAUGGAAGAGCGUCUUGUCUGAGCAGGACUACUUUUAAGGAUAAUGCCAAUACUGUGAUUGGUUUUGACCAUGGCAUGACUUCCAGUUAUACAGUGAAUGGAGAGCUACAGACUGUGACUUCAUUAGGUGUCAGUAAAGUAACCAGUACAGCGGGGAUACACCCAGUGCUAGUGUGGAAGUGCAAUCAGUGUCUGGCUAUGGCUGGUUCAUCACAGUUAACAAUUUUGGUGUGUCCAAACAGAAUGGAUGUAUGGGCUCAUCCAAGUCUCACAGGGAACUUGAAUGGACUGUGCGGACAUUUCAGCUCUUACAAGGAGGAUGAUUUUACAACCAGGAAUAACAUUGUUGAGCCUCUGACCAAAUUCCCUAUGGCAUUCCCUUCAUCGUGGAUGACUAGUGAACAAGGUGAUCCAGCUUGCAGUGAUCCAUGUCCAGAGUGUUUCAAAACUGAAACGGAGGAUCCUUGUAAAGCAGGAGAGACGGCGAAGAAAUUAUAUUUAGAAAGAUGCAGGAGGUCUUUGCAGAGUGUAAUUCAAAACAAUGAUUCCAUGUCGACGGUGCAUCUUGAUUCUUGUGUAUUAGAUGUUUGUGUCAUGAUUCAAGACGGUGCAGAUGAUAAAGAUGUGGAAGACUGGCUUAGACAACUGUUGGAAGUUGUCAGAAUGACAAGAUUGGUUAGUGGUGGUAGUAUCUGUGAUCCUUGUUUGAAGGCCUGCAAUAAAAUUUACGAUCCUGUUUGUGGCACAGAUGGUAAAACUUAUGGUAAUAAUUGUGUUCUAGAAGUAGCAAUUUGCCAUGACAAGACCCUUGGCCUUGAGCAUAAAGGCGAAUGUGGAAUUGCAUGCCAACAGGCUUGUCCUGAAUAUUAUGAUCCAGUUUGUGGGACUGAUGGUAGAACUUACAGUAACAACUGUUUUCUAGGAGUAGCCAGUUGUAUGAACAAGUGCAUUGGUUUCAAACAUGUUGGAGAAUGUAGUCCUGGGUGUCCCAUUCAGAUAUGUACCCUAGAAUAUAGACCAAUUUGUGGUUCCAAUGGUGUGACUUAUGGAAAUGAGUGUAACUUCAAUUCUGCCAAGUGUGACGACCCUUGUUUGGAGAAGAGACAUGAUGGAGAGUGUUUGGCUCAACUUGCAAGGUCAAGCUCCCAAGAAAGUCCUGAUAUUGGGGAUAACUUAGAUCGUGGAAAGAUCUUUAAUGCAGAAAAUGCUGUUAAUGCUGAGAACGCUGUUAAUGCAGAGAAUGCCAUCCAUGCUAAAAAUGCCUUGAGUGCAGAGAAUGCAGAUAAUGCAGUACAUGCUAAAACUGCUGGGAAUGCUGAAAAUGCUGUCAAUGCAGAAAAUGCAGUGAAUGCUAUCAAUGCAGUGUUUGCCCUGAACUUGGUUAAAUCGGACGAUGCUGAAAAUCACGUAUCCCCCAAGUUGAGAUUAGCACCAACAAGGUCUGAAGAAGAGAAUGUGGUGAUACCUGAAAGACUUUCUUCAUCUGCCAAUGAAAGGUCUUUACACGCUGGUUCUGCUCGCCUUCCUGCUGAAGUUUGUGACUGUAUGAAUAAAAGAAAACUCAGACUGAAGGAUGCCAUCCAAGACUUUUCGUUUUUGCAAGGCAUUAUGACUGAUGUUUAUGGAAAAGCUGCAGCUGCAUUGAACAGAGAAGACAAUCUCCCUUAUAUCUUGGAAGGCCAAAGUUCGAAUGAGAGAGUUCCUUUGCCUUGGGUUUUCUGGUCGAAGUUAGACGAGAUGUUGAUUGCAGCAGAAAAGGCAGAGAUUGCUAUGAACAUGUCGGACGUGACUGGGAUUCUCGCUCAAGAACUUGUAACUGAUGGAAAGGUGAAAACCGAUGAGAAUUGCUCUAUGGAUAGUGUGUUUGAUACCUUGAGACACUUGAAUGAAGCCUUCAACGAGAUCCUACAAGUUAGGGCAGAUUUCGAUAAUCAUGAUGUAUCUGUGAACUUGGUUAACCAUGUCAUAGAAAAUAUGCACAUUGCACUGGAGAAGCUAGAAAGGGCGCAGACACAGUUUAGAAGGAAUUUGGAGAGGCAUGAUGACCGCUGUCCUGACACUGAUGUUUAAGUGUGCAAUAUUUAUGUAAAUAAAAGGCUUUUCUACAACUAAA